AUGGGAGACGCCGACCAUCAGUGGCCAGGGGCAAAACAGGAACCGGUCAGUAAGCAAUUUCAGCCGAAAAAGUACAAGGAUAGCAGUCAAGAAUGGCGCAAAGAAAAGAAGGAGGUAGCAAAUCAGCCUUUGUACGCCUAUACACCAUUCAAAGCGAAUUCGCUAAAUCGGGCUACUACACCGCUUGCCUCAAUCUCUGAACAGCAUUACUCGAAUGGUACGCUUCGACGCUCCAAUCAGCCCAAUCCGUUCGUCUAUCCAAACCAGCCUCCAUCACGGAAUGCUCUCCAUGAACCGCCCCAGUCUCAUUCAACACCCAAAGCCACUCAUCAUAUGCAAGUACGACCGGAAAGCGCUGCACAGAUGUCAAAGGAACAGAAGCUGACGUGGGGACGAUGGUGUUCCAAAAUUCUCAUCGGUGGAAUGUCGAGCUGCAAUACCGUAACCGGCUCGAAGUUCAAAAAUCAACCAAUGAAGAGCUCCAAGACUUAUCAUUGGCAUGAAUAUAUUCAAAGUGUGGGGAAACCGAUUUUGGAGAUUCGACGUCCUGGAACGAUUGGGAGUGAACUUAUUAUAUCUUAUUUGCAGUGCCUCCAUCAGCCGGUUUCCGGUCGGCGUCAGCCAUGGGCCGCCCAGUCAGCCGUCAAAGUGAUACGGGAAUUGGGCACUGUAAGUAUUUAG